GGGCCUACUGGACCAUCGAGAGACCACAACCCACACGCCUUUGAAAAGAGUAAAGUACAGUGAUAAGAUAAUGGCAAAAGCCGAGGAUCGCCGAGCGCGUUCUGAUCGUUUUGAAAUGAAUGCCGCUCACAAUCGCAUGCCCUCUCGUACGUAUCUUGCCUCCUGCUCGCUCUCUGACUCGGUCGCAGCUUGUUCGCAGCCCCCAUGCGCCUCGUUUUCUCACGAAAACACCACUGAACCGCCUUCCGCACCCUCCCCCGCGCGUUCCCCCUCUUCCUCAUAACCAUCACGAUGGCGCAAUCUGCGGGGUACCUCAUCUACGCAGGCUGCAUGCCUCUGAUCAAGAUGUAUAUCGGCUUUUUCCUGGGCUUCGUGGUGUCGAAGAAGGGCAUGUUCACCCCCGCCGCCUCACGCGGGCUGUCGCAAGUGAUGCUGAACGUGUCGCUCCCUGGCCUCAUAUUCUCCAGCAUUGUGCCAUCUUUCAAUAAUAGCAACAUAUCGGCUAUGGGGCCGCUCGCGCUGCUUGCUAUCGUGUACCAGGUACUGGGCUUCAUCUCUGGUCUGGUCAUUCGCGAGCUCUGCUAUGUCCCGCGUAACUUCUGGCAGGGCAUCCUCGUCGCUUGUGGCCUCAGCAAUUGGGGCAAUCUUCCCACCGCGGUCGUCGUGACGCUUAUGGCGCAAUCCCCGUUUGACCCCUCCACGGACGUCGAGCUCGGUAUAUCGUUCAUUUCGAUCUUCAUCCUCGUCAACAACAUAACCUUCUGGGUUAUCGGCGCCGCGCGUAGCCUUGCGUGGGACUACCUCCCUGGUAUACCUCAAGGCGAGGCUGCGCUCGUGCGCGUGCCCUGGUACGAGAAGCCAGUAGGCAGGCUCAUCGCUCGUUACGUCCUUCACAAGCACGUGGAAGAAAUGGACGCGAAGAAGGAAUUCAGCGGUUCUCGCAAGGAGAUGGACGUCUCGACGGUGGAGAGAGGCGUACUAGACCAACCGGACAUCCUCCGCGGUGCAGCUGCGCUGGAUGUGGCUCCUGUGACGCAGGCGGAGGAGGCAUUCGCUGAGAAUGCAGCUGAGGAUCCUGAUAUCCAGCUCGCACGACGUUCAUCACGCUUGUCUUCGUCCGCGGUCUCUGCGCGCGGGCGACGGCCAUCUGUGAACCUUCAGCGCCCACGCACAGUACCCGGCGCACCACCACCAUCGCUCGCCAGCCGCUCAGCAAGUGUUGACUCUGCACGGAAGUCGGUCGCGAACAAGUCCAUCGCAGAGUCGUCGUCACAUUCGGUGGCGGAGGACUCAGAUGGACCGACGACAUUCUGGGAGCGUGCCUUACCUCGGACGGUGCUGCGCACUCUGCACUACGCGGAAGCGCUCUUCCAUCCGACGGUGGUCACAAUAUGUAUCUCCUUACCCUGCGCGCUCGUCCCCGAGCUGAAGGCGCUUUUCGUCAAUACGGGCAACCCGUCCUGGCAUGGGCCAGACGGCAAUCCGCCACUGUACUUCAUCCUCGAUACAGCAUCCCUCCUUGGUCAACUCGUGGUCCCCUCCGGCCUCAUCCUCCUCGGCGCCUCCUUCGCACGCAUCAAGCUUCCUCGCCCGCUCUCCCGACUACCCCUACCCGCCAUGGUCUUCAGCACGGCUGUCAAGCUCAUCGUCAUCCCCGUCGCUGGGGUCUUCAUCGUCGAGGCUAUGGUCGGCGGCGGCAUGAUUCCCAAGGAUGCGAAGGCCGAACGGUUUGUGGCAACGUUUCUGAGCGGGACCCCGGCGUUGGUAAACCAACUCAUGGUUACAUCUCUCUAUGCCGGUCCAGACGCAGAUUUGAACACGGUCUCGGCGUUCCUUCUGUUCCAAUACUCCUUCAUGUUCUUUUCAUCAGCCGCAUUGACCGCCGUCUCUUUGCUCCUUCUCGGCUGAUAGCAGGAGAAGCUUAUAUGCCAUCCAAUGGCACCCGCUCGUGCACCAUUUCAUACUGCUUCGUCGCUUGCGCGGCGCCUCGACUCCUCGAGAACGUCUUGGAGGGAAAAAAAUUGAUGUCUGCAAAGGAAGGAUACACAUAUAGAUUUAGACCUGUAUCCAUAGGCGCUUCUGUCGCGCGUCUGUACGCACAUAUUUAUGCACGCUUUCAAUUGGAUUUUUACUCGUC